GUCACUCCUACUCUUACGCUGCCAUGUCCAAGCGCGCGCACUCCAAGAUCUCGACGGGCGGUGUGCUCAACAGUAUGCUGAGCUCCCUAUCGCGUACCAAUGAGUCAGCUCUCACGGCUAAAAAGGCAGAGGCGCAGGUGGCGAAGCUCACGGCUGGCCGCGGGCAGACUAUCUCUGUGGACGAAAACUCAGCCGCACCCGACGCCGCCAUUGCCCAGUUUCUGCAGGAUAUGCGCGCUGCAAUCGAUGAAAAGGGAUUCGGCGCCAAUGUGGAGGUGGAGCUGCGUCUCGGCCGCAUCUCGUCGUGUCUACAGGAUGCACGCUGCCGCCCGUCGCAGGAGGGUGUGGACGCCGCCGUUGUGCUUUCAGACGAGCAGAUGAAGGCUGUAGGCGCUAAGUUCGUGCCUGGUGUAGCUGAUAUGGACUACAAGAGCUUUGUGCGUGGUGUGGAAGGCAUGCUUCGUGGAGACGCGUACUCGGAGCACAAGGAGAAACAGGUAGUGCACAACAUGGCACAAUCCAAGCGUAUAGUGCAGGAUGUUGACCCUCAGACCAACAUGCGCGGCAAGCCGCAUGGUGCAGGUGAAGGAGCGCCUCGGCUCCAUCGACAUCUUCAUGCCGCACUGUCAGUAUGACUGUCGCGUGUCU